UACACCUUACCAUGCACCUCCACCACAUUAGAAAUUAAAUUACUUGGUUAGAUUUGGAAUUUGGAUCGGAUCCUGUUGAAUCGGAUUGUGGGUAAUCAAGAAACAUGACGAUGUUUCACUUCCUGAACUGUGCGAUUUUAACGUUUGGCCCGCACGCCGUUUACUACUCCGCCACUCCUUUAUCCGAGUAUGAUACACUAGGGACAUCUAUCAAGACUGCUCUUGUCUAUCUGAUUACGGCAUUAAUAAAGCUUGUUUGCCUGGCUACAUUCCUUAAAGUGUCUGAAAGUGACAGCUUUGACCCGUAUCAGGAAUUGUUGAAAGCUUUGAUUGGUUUUAUAGAUGUUGCUGGGAUUUACUUUGCUUUGACCCAGUUGACUCACAGGAACAUCUCACAGAAUCAUAAAUUUCAAGCUGUUGGACUUGGUUGGGCUUUUGCAGAUGCUGUGUUGCAUAGAUUAGCACCCCUUUGGGUUGGUGCAAGAGGAUUAGAAUUUACUUGGGAUUAUAUAUUGCAAGGGCUUGAAGCAAAUGCAAAUCUGGUGUUAUGCAUAUCACUUGCUGCUUUGGGAUCUUUGAUGUGGCUGCGGAAAAACAAACCCAAAACUCUAAUUCCUAUAAUAUAUGCAUGCGCUGGGAUAGUAGCAACGAUGCCCUCCAUCACAAGCUAUCUGAGGCGAAGCAUGGGAUGGCAUUUUCCUGAGGUUGUUGGUUUUGAAAUAUUUACCUCCUUAUUGAUGGCUUUAAUCAGCUGGCAGCUUUUCUCUGCAUGUCAGAGACCAUCGACUUAGAAUAAUGCAUGAUUAGGCUUUAGAACCGGAGACCUAAUUAAAGAGAUUUUGAAAGCUUCAAUCUUGUUGACACUGUCGGGGUUUAGGGGUUUUAUGUUUGCGAGGAAACUGUUGUAGAAUUACAAAAGAGCAUCUGUAUUCUUGCUCUUGAACCAGGAGUAGUAAUUGAAAGAUGUCGAUUGCAACUGGAGCUUAAAUUAUUUACUUGUUAUUGUAUGUUAUAUUUUGACAAUUUUGACUCCUAAAAGUCUAUGUGAUGUUGUCAUGAACUUUUGACUGCUAUGCUAGCAACAGUAAAAUUUUCUAUGAAGAAUUAAAGUGCACCGGUUUAUAGAUUU